GGGCUCUGCCCCUCCCUCCGCCCACGGGGUCUGCGGCGGAGUCGGCGGCUCAGUCGGCGGCGCGGCCGGCUCCGGGUGCUGGGCGGUGACAUGGUGCGUGGCAGGAUCUCCAGGCUCUCGGUGCGGGACGUGCGCUUCCCCACGUCGCUGGGGGGCCACGGCUCGGACGCCAUGCACACAGACCCUGAUUAUUCGGCUGCAUAUGUUGUCUUAGAGACCGAUGCAGAAGACGGGCUCAAAGGGUAUGGAAUUACCUUCACUCUGGGAAAAGGCACGGAAGUUGUUGCCUGUGCUGUGAAUGCCCUCGCCCACCAUGUGCUUAAUAAGGACCUCGGGGACAUCGUUGGUGACUUCAGAGGCUUCUACAGGCAGCUCACCAGUGAUGGGCAGCUCAGAUGGAUUGGUCCCGAGAAAGGUGUUGUGCAUCUGGCGACCGCGGCUGUUCUCAACGCUGUGUGGGACCUGUGGGCCAAGCAGGAGGGAAAGCCUCUGUGGAAGUUACUUGUUGACAUGGACCCCAGGAUGCUGUUAUCCUGCAUAGAUUUCAGGUACAUCACAGACGUCCUGACUGAGGAGGAAGCCUAUGGAAUACUGCAGAAAGGUCAAAUUGGCAAAAAAGAGAGAGAAAGGCAAAUGCUGAUGCAUGGCUACCCUGCCUACACGACAUCAUGUGCCUGGCUGGGGUACUCGGAUGACACGCUGAAGCAGCUCUGCACCAAGGCCCUGCAGGACGGCUGGACCAGGUUUAAGGUAAAAGUGGGUGCUGAUCUCCAGGAUGACAUCCGUAGGUGCCGACUCAUCAGAAACAUGAUUGGACCCGAGAAGACGUUGAUGAUGGAUGCCAACCAGCGCUGGGAUGUGCCUGAGGCAAUAGAGUGGAUGUCAAAGCUGGCUGAGUUCAAGCCACUGUGGAUUGAAGAACCCACCUCCCCUGAUGACAUUCUGGGACAUGCUACCAUUUCCAAGGCAUUGGUCCCACUAGGAAUUGGUGUCGCCACAGGAGAGCAGUGCCACAAUAGAGUCAUAUUUAAGCAGCUUCUCCAAGCGAAAGCCCUGCAGUUUCUCCAGAUUGACAGCUGCAGGCUGGGAAGUGUCAAUGAAAACCUCUCAGUGUUGCUGAUGGCCAAAAAGUUUGAAAUUCCCGUUUGCCCCCAUGCUGGUGGAGUUGGCCUCUGUGAAUUGGUACAGCACCUGAUUAUAUUUGACUUCAUAUCAGUUUCUGCAAGCCUUAAAAACAGGAUGUGCGAAUAUGUCGACCACCUGCAUGAACAUUUCAGGUAUCCAGUGACAAUCAAGAAGGCUUCCUACAUGCCUCCUAAGGAUGCUGGUUAUUCAACAGAAAUGAAGGAGGAAUCUGUAAAGAAACACCAAUAUCCAGAUGGUGAAGUCUGGAAGAAACUUCUUGCUGCUCAAAAUAAUUAAAUGUUCAGCCCCAA